CACCAGAGGGAUCACACUCAUCAUCCCGACUACACCUCCUGCCAGGUAAUCCCGACAGUGCAACACCAGAGGGAUCACACUCAUCAUCCCGACUACACCUCCUGCCAGGUAAUCCCGACAGUGGGACACCAGAGGGAUCACACUCAUCAUCCCGACUACACGUCCUGCCAGGUAAUCCUGACAGUGCAACACCAGAGGGAUCACACUCAUCAUCCCGACUACACUGCCUGCCAGGUAAUCCUGACAGUGCGACACCAGAGGGAUCACACUCAUCAUCCCGACUACACCUCCUGCCAGGUAAUCCUGACAGUGCGACACCAGAGGGAUCACACUCAUCAUCCCGACUACACCUCCUGCCAGGUAACAGGAAAUGCCGAGGUCUUUUUUGGUGAAAACGAAGAAAACUCACAGUUACCAUCAACAUCGCUACUCAGAAGAUGCCGGACCACCCGAGGAGGAGCCCUUCACCGCAUUACAUCAUGAUCCCCCAGACAGCGCGCUGAAAGAAUACGCUCCGGAGUAUCUGGGCAGGGGCGCGCACAUUCGUUCUGAAGACCACUCGGAGAGACCCCUUUACUUGAGUCGAGUCUCCUCUGCCUCCUCAGGCUCAGGGAUCCCUUUGUCGCUGCUCCCCAUUAAGUUGUACCCGUCUAUCCCCAUCUCCGCCUUCUACAAGCAGAACCUCUCCUGGGAGCCCCUGCGUUCAGCCUACAGCUUCAAACAGGUCCCGUCCCAUGUGCACCCCUCCAUGUUGCCGAGUUCUGUGGGGUUAUACGGCGGCCCCCCUGCAGCUGCGGAGCAGGACUAUGAUCACCCCAUAAACUACAGCCUGGGGUUCUCUUCUUCUAUGGACAAUUACCAUUGUGUCAAGUGCAGUAAGGUUUUCUCCACAUCUCAUGGAUUGGAGGUUCACGUCCGGAGAUCCCACAGCGGUACCCGACCCUUCGUCUGUGAUACUUGUGGGAAAUCCUUCGGUCAUUCGGUCAGUCUGGAGCAGCAUCUUAAUGUUCAUUCACAGGAAAGAAGCUUCGAGUGCAAGAUGUGCGGCAAAACGUUUAAGCGAUCGUCCACAUUGUCCACCCACCUCCUCAUCCACUCAGACACACGACCCUAUCCGUGUCAGUUCUGUGGAAAGCGUUUCCAUCAAAAGUCUGACAUGAAGAAACAUACGUACAUCCACACUGGAGAGAAGCCGCACAAGUGCCAGGUUUGUGGAAAAGCUUUCAGUCAGAGCUCAAACCUCAUCACGCACAGCCGCAAGCACACAGGUUUCAAGCCGUUUACAUGUGACCUGUGUGGCAAAGGUUUCCAGCGCAAAGUAGACCUACGGAGACACAAGGAAAACCAACAUGGACUAAAAUGACCAAGCAGGGGUUAAUAGGGAGACCUUGCCAUUCUUAUAUGGGCAUUGGUGUCAGUGAGGAUCAUCAGUCCCAGUUUGUUACAUGGCUGCGACACAUAGACGACGUCCUUUUUCUUGGUACAAGGAAUAAUUUUCCAAGCCUUGGCGGUUGUCUAGUGGUGGGUGCCUCCACCGACUGAUGACUCUAGUGGUGGGUGCCUCCACCGACUGAUGACUCUAUUGGUGGGUGCCUCAACUGACUGAUGACUCUAUUGGUGGGUGCCUCAACUGACUGAUGACUCUAGUGGUGGGUGCCUCCACCAACUGAUGACUCCAGUGGUGGGUGCCUCCACCGACUGAUGACUCUAUUGGUGGGUGCCUCCACCGACUGAUGACUCUAUUGGUGGGUGCCUCCACCGACUGAUGACUCUAAUGGUGGGUGCCUCCACCGACUGAUGACUCUAAUGGUGGGUGCCUCCACCGACUGAUGACUCUAGUGGUUGGUGCCUCCACCGACUCAUGACUCUAUUGGUGGGUGCCUCCACCGACUGAUGACUCUAGUGGUGGGUGCCUCCACCGACUGAUGACUCUAGUGGUGGGUGCCUCCACCGACUGAUGACUCUAGUGGUGGGUGCCUCCACCGACUGAUGACUCUAAUGGUGGGUGCCUCCACCGACUGACCCACCUAUUAUCCUAUUAUACGCCUAUUAUAUCCUAUAUAUAUCUCUUGUAUCACUGACGGAAGAUGGCUUUCAGGGAAAAACUGGUUUCUAAACUGGAAGUUGUUGUUUGGUUUGCUUGGUUUUUGUUUUUGUUUUUUUGUUUUUAUUUCAAACAUUAUUUAUUUCGGAAAAUUAGAUAUUUUUUUAGUUUAACAAAGAUUUUACAGAGUUUUUACAAAGAUGUACGGCCAUGUUUAAGUUUUUACUGUUUUUAUUUUAUUUGUAUUUUUUUAUGCUUAACUUCACGGGUUUAAGAUAUUCUUACAAUAAUUAUGUAUUAUAAAUGUGACCAUGUAUUACUACCUGAAAUAAAACU